AAAAAUAAUAACCUUCAAUAUCUGAUUGAUGCAGUUUUGUUACUACAACAUUCUGGAUAAUCAUUAAAAUUUAUUGUCAAGUUUAUAAUAGAAUCCCCUUAUUUUUACAUUAUUAACCUUUAGAAUGGCUGCUUGGAGAAAAUCCAACAUGAAGGAAUAUGCCCAAAAGCAUGGGAAACCUGAUUUGGAGCGCCUGGGGCUAUUUAUCGAAAUGCCUUACAUAUUGGGCAAAUAUCAAACUCCAUCAUUAAGACAACGUGGAGCUAAAAGGAUGUUAGCCGAUGGACCAAAAAUAAAGGAUGCUUUAGGGUGGUGUUAUUUUGAUAAGGAGUUUAAACGCAUUUUCGCAGGAGAAGCAAUUGUAAGGCGAAAGAAACCGAAGAAGAAAGAGGACGACAAAAAGCCAAUUUACAUGCCUCCUGCAGCCCCAAAAAAGUUACACGGGAGCGGCGAACAAUGGGGAACGUUUGCCGGCAUAAUGGAAGCUGUUGAUUGGAGAUCGAGGGUACCAAAGAAACCGAAAAAAGAGGAAAAAAAAGUAAAAGGGAAUAUGAUGACGAAUCCUGGCAAAAAGGGCGGACCAGGCUAUGCCGAUAUAUGUUUCAGCAAGUGGCCUGAACAUUUGCCUGAACCUUACCCUCCGAGGCCCAAAGAAAUGAAAAAGGGUGCCAAGCCAAUACCCAUAGUGUUCCAUUCCCAGCCUAUGAGAACGGUCAUCUAUCCCAGUCCAUAUUUCGACGACAACCCUUACAUAGAUCCCAAAGGAAAACCGGGUCCUGUUUAUGUUAGACCAAAAAUGAGAGAGUAUACCAUAAUUGGAGAUGGACGAUGGAUUCCUGUGGGGCCGUCCAAAUGGCAAGGCGGAUUCCAUGAUGGGUGUUUUGAAUCAUUUCCUCCCUAUUUUAUUCCUAUGAAAGCUAGAAAAUCGAAGCAAAAGCCACCGGUGGUUGACGACAGGCCACCUUUCGUUCCGCAUUCGUACGGUUUUAAGACGAUGUUUGAUGAGGGUAUUUUAGGAAAGAAAGUCACUAUUGGAGUAAAUGCCACAAAUUACAAAGUUUUUGAACCAACAUAUAUUAAAUAUUUGAUGUAAUAAAAAACAAAUAGAUGUAACUAAGGACAAUAAUACGUGAUGGGUUGAAUGAAGUUAAUUUACCCACUGGGUAAAAUUAUAAUACUACUUAUAACGUUUGUAAUAUUUGUAAAUA